AUGAUAAAUGGCAUAGCUCGACCAACCGGGAAGUUUAAGCACGCAGCGCGCGACAAGGUACUCGGCACGACCGAACUCCUUGAAGCUAUCCUGCUCGGCCUCGAUACCAAGACGUUGCUCCUUAGUAAGCGUGUCUCCAAGACUUUUAAGGCAACCAUCACCGACUCCCUAGCUUGCCAACAAGCACUCUUCCUUAAGCCUUCGAUAACACUGGCGCCUGUAUGGAAUGAGCUUGGUUUCCCCACACGUCGCCCUACCUACCUCCGAGGCUAUUCCAAGGUCAUGUUCUUCGACGUUUCCGAUCGGCCUGGAUGGAACAACUCCACCGAGUCGCUCCAACCUGGCCAUAACAUCGACCUCUCGCUCUGGUACUACAUUGAUAGUGAGAGCGGCGAUGAGGAGCUGCGUGUCCCGGAGCUAUCGCAAAUGCUGCUGCGUCAGCCGGCAAUUGCGCUGAAGCUAGAUGUGGAGUGCAGCACGUGCGACAGAUCCAACCAGUGGGUCCUCGAAGCAGGUGCUACUUUCGGCGAUCUCAUUGAUUACCUCGAAUACGGGACUGAUUGUGAUUGCCUCCAUCCCUGA